GACGCCCAUACAGAAUGUUAUUCUUCUCAUUUUUCAAAACAUUGGUUGACCAAGAAGUCACCGUCGAAUUAAAAAAUGACAUCUCCAUCACCGGAACCUUAAAAUCGGUUGACCAGUUUUUGAAUUUGAAAUUGGACAAUAUCACAUGCAACAACGACACCAAAUAUCCGCACUUGAUUGCCGUUAGAAACUUGUUCAUCAGAGGCUCCACCGUUCGAUACGUUCACUUAAAGAAGGAGAGCGUCGACACGAACUUGUUGCAAGAUGCUGCUAGAAGAGGUAUGUUAUGACCGGCCUUCCUGUUAGAGGAUACCUACUUGCGGGAAGACCACCCUAUUCAGAAUGAUAACGACAUGAAUACUAACACCCAUUUUAGAGGCCAUGGCUCAGAAGACAACCAAAUAGGAUGUCUUCACCUACACGGUUCUGGAGGUAGCC